UGGGAUGGUGGUGUUGGUGUCGUGGAUGGUGGCGUUGGUGUCGUGGAUGGUGGCAUUGGCGUCGAGGAUGGUGGCGUCGGCGUCGUGGAUGGUGGCAUUGGCGUCGUGGAUGGUGGCAUUGGCGUGAAAGCUGGUGGUGGUGCGAGUGCUGGGCGCACAAAGAUAGGCGCUGGCGACUCUCGUCUCCUCAAGUUCCUCUUUCCUCCUUCAUCUCUAUACCAUCCCUUCUCCCUUCCUCGAUUCUCUUGUCCUUUCGUCUUCGCGUGUCGUCCGCGUGUGUUUGCAUCGCGUCAACACUUGUUGACGCGUUUCGG